UUAAUGACAAUGACAUGUAUAGUUUGAAGUGUUUUGAAGAAAAGUAGAAACAUUGUUUUACACUUUUAGUGCUAACUUUGGAUCUAUUACUACAUCGGUAAAAUGUCUGUAAUAGCCCCAGAGUUUCUUAAUUUUAUUAAAAGGUUAGAAGAUAACGGUGACAAAUUGGUUCCUGCGUCUCCGACAGAACAACCUUUGGAGUUUGAAUUUAAUAACUCCAGCUGUUAUGUAUGCAAUGGAUAUUAUGGGCCGAGUUUUGGAGAACCAGUUUGCAUAACUUGUCAUGCGUUUUUGUUUCCCGACUUCCCUUCACAUUUGCCAAGUUCAUACUUUUGCAGUGAAAAAACUGAUGAUGGAGACUCAGGGAAUGACGAGCCCUCAGAUUUGAACUAUAGUUCCGAACGGAGAGUGAACAAAGCUUGCCCAUUACCAGCAUGGUGGUAUUACAGAAACUCAUUAGACAGUGAAACGAGUCCAGAGGAUGAGAGUCGAGCUAGUAAUUCAGGGCCCGGAGCUAGUGGCAGUGGCAGCGGAGGCAGUGGCUCUGGCCCAUCAUCUGCUCACCGAGAAGGUAUUGAGGACUUGGUUGGUCAUGGUCCUCCACCACAGCCACCCAGCCUAGCGCUGUCACUGCAGGCUCUUUCAACACCUCGGCCACCAGAUAACUUGGCUCCUGGUUUGGUAGAGCAUCUACCAGCUGAAGUGUUGCUAUGCAUCUUCCGUUACCUGGACGACCUGUCCUUGUGUGCGUGCUCGUGUGUGUGUGUGAGGUGGCGCCGCCUGGUGGUGGCUAGAGUGCCGCCGCCUCGCUGGGCAGCCUUCGCAGCCACUCGCUGGCCGCUCUUCAGGCCACUGUUGGCCAACAUUGAUUGGCACAAGAAGUACCAAUCAUUGGUGGAGUCCUGCUUCUGCCGUAACUGUCUCGUCCAGAUGUUCGUUCAGGCUCAGCCCGCUGGCGAUGAGAGUGCUUGGAGGAGAAACAGGCUUAAGAUCGAGCUUAAGAUGCUCCGUAAUGAUCCCCCAGAGGGCAUCGCUGCUACUCCGCUAGACCCCAAGUGUUGUCACUGGCAGGCCAGUGUGACUGGACCUGUGGGGUCACCAUACGAGGGAGGAGUCUUCUAUCUUUACAUACAAGUCCCUUACUCCUACCCCAUGGGUCCGCCUGUGGUUCGGUUCCUGACUCGUAUCUUACAUCCCAAUGUGUCUCGUCAUGGGGAUGUUGGUAUCGACUCGGUUCAUCACAACUGGUCACUGGCCCUCACUCUCUCUAAAGUCCUCAUCUCCAUACAGAGUCUGCUGACGGAUCCUUAUACUGCGGUGUGCAUGGAACCGGCAUUGGGUGACAUGUACGUUAGAGAACGCAGCCGCUUUGAAGCGCUCGCUCGUCGCUGGACGUGGCGAUACGCUAUGCACGACGUACUACCGCAUCUUACGCGAUAUUAAUUCAAACCAACAAGCUAUACAGCGCUUUCAGCUUAUAUAAAGGAAGAUAAUAUUAUAAAUAUUAUUCUCUGUACCGUAUAAAUCUUUAGGUCAUGAUAAAAAAGAUUUAAUAAUUGUUUAAUUUUAAAAUAAUAACACAGGAAUUAAAUGUUAGAUUAAAUGUUUUGUAAGACAUGCUGAUCUCAUGUUCCAGUUAGUGAAAGCUGGAAGAUCUGGACAUAUUUUUUACAUUCUUUUCUUAAAUUAUUAGGAUUUGUAGAGAAUUCUUAUCGACUUGUGGGCUGGAGGAGUGAGGUUUUGAUUUCAGAUCAUGAGCUCAGUUGUAAGUGGAAAUGUAAACAUUUUUGUAUAUAUUUAUUCUUCGCGAAGCAUAUUUAGUAUUUAAAUAAACAAGAAAAAAGCAAGUAAAAGAAAUAUUACUUCAAAAA